UGAUUUUCUUUCUUAUUCCGAUGAGAUGGGAACUUGUUGCGAUGACAGUAAAAUGGAACUUUAAAGUGUAAGCCGUACAAACAUAAAGGUGUGGUGACUUUGGCUUCGACCAACCCGUCUUCCAUGGCCUAAUCUCAUCAAGAUAUGCAAGUACAAUGAUUGGCCGGAUAUUUAUGAUUUAGUUAUUCUUAUUGUUUUGUAUAUAUAUUUUUCCAAAUGAAUUUACUUGCCGAUUUUUUUGCUUUUGGUUAUGUAUAUAUCUUAUUUUUUAAUAAUUGCAUUUGAAACAGAUUUGCAAAUACAAUAAUUUGGCCAGUAUGUUUCAAAGUGGUUUAAUCCCGUAUUUUUCUCAAAAUAUGGGUAUUUUGUAUAGAAAAAGUUUAUUCCAUAGAUGGUACUUUUAAACCCAAUUGUUAGUUUUUCUACUUAAUAUUAAUAAAUAAAUUCAUGAAAUAAAUAUAAAAAAUGGGGUUUAGGGGUUCUUCUGUAUCUCAAUCUAUACAUCUAAAAAUGCAACCAUACAAAUAUAUAAACAUGAGUAUUUCAACCAUUCAUAACGCCGACCAUACAUAUAUUGUUUAAUGGUGAAGCUUGCACCAAAUUGAAUUCUGGUAGUAAAAUAAACAUGUAAUCGUUGAUGGUACUUGAUGUUCUGAAUUUAAAUGUACAAUUUGUUACUGCCAUAUAUUGUUUAAGCAAUGGAAAAGAGCGUUAUAGCAGUUCAAGAUGGUUUUAAACCUUAUGUAUGGUGUUGAAGCAAACACAGAAUCGAAUUCUGUUAAUGAAAUAAACAUGUCAUCGUUCAUGUAACUUGAUAUCUGGAUUUAAUUGUACAAUUUUUUACGUGAAUAUAUUGUUUAAGCAAUGGAAAGAUUGAAAAGUAUAAUUGUUUAUGUGAAUACAUUUUUUAAUACAUCUACGAUGGCAGAAAGAGAUUAAAAGUAAGAUUACACAUGGUAAAUUAAAUAAAGGCGUUGAAAAAGACUCGAAAAAAUAGGAUGGUUAAAUAAAAGGAAAUUUAAAAAAUAAAAUAAUUUAAUUGAAAUCAUAGUUUAAAAAUAAUUCAGUGGCAUGAAAUUGUAAAUACUUCAAAACUUGAAGGUGGUCUCAAAAAAGGCCCUUCAGUUUUAAUAGUAUUGACUAGUCAUAAAUAUUUUCCCAUUUUCUUCUCUGCAAAGUAAUACCCUCAAGAAAAUUGAAUCAGAGAUAACUCAAACAGAUAGAAUAGAAUAUAGAAAUAAAGCAUAUAUCUUUUUCUUGUUGAAUGAGAGAACCAUAUUUUUGUUUGUGGUUUCUGAAAGAAAGCAUAUUUUCAGGUUUUCAGAAAUAAUCUUAACCUCAAUCAUAGUCAAUCUUAUACUUGUCUCUACAAAAAAGCAAUCUUAUUCGUAUUCUUUUAUAGGAGAGGUGAUCAUAGGCCAUUACCGUAUUUCGAAGGCAGAACGUGAUUCUUUGUUUAUCUGCAAAGAUAAGGGUUCUUAAAAAAUUCUUCUCGAUGUUAACACUUAUUAUAAGUCAACAAAUACACAUAAAAUGAGGUCUUCCGGUUCCUAUUUUUUCACCUCAUCUACCAACCCUCUUUAAUUCGCAUACAUAUUGAUUCACACAUGGAUACAACGACAACAAUAUAUAAACCACACAUUCACGAGCAUCCCCUUUCCUAUUCAGCUCGGUUUACUAUUGAUGGAUCAUAUUCACAUAGAUGCAGUGGCUGCCAGACAACUGACAAUAUGUACGGUGUUUAUUUCUGCAAUAAAUUUGGCUGUUCGAUUUGGUUACAUAAAGAAUGUACGGAAGCUCCAUUGGAGAUCAACCAUCCUUCCCACCCCCAGCAUCCUCUCAUGCUCAACAAUUAUGAUGACUCGUCAGAUCAAUGUGUUUUGUGUAGGGGACAUCUACCGCCUCUGCGUUAUACUUGCUUUACAUGUAAAAUCACGGUGGAUAUAGCUUGUGGGAUGAAACCAUGGCCACAAGUUAUCGAACAUCCCUUGUGUCAUAGCCAUCCACUUAUCGUCAAAGGAAACGAGGUGUCAGCUUCCUGUGGGGUAUGUAAGGAGUCUAAUUAUGGACUGUUCUAUUUAUGUAUUGAAUGCAAUGUAUAUUUCCACGUGGAAUGCGUCCGUUUCUCACAAGAGGUAAAUCAUCCUUGUCAUUCGAAUCAUCCUCUCAAGUUAAUCGCUUUUGAUGCACUUACUGAUGAUGCCGAGAAGACUUGUAUUUUAUGUGCAAACUACCCAAGAAAUGUAUGUUAUCAUUGUUUCAUUUGUGAUUUUACCUCUUGCCUUCGUUGCACCAGAAGACCACCUCCCCUUGUUGUUGAGGAUAUGAAAACCCACCAACAUCAACUUCUUCGCAUAUCUAAGAGAAUCUCAUAUGCUUGUGAUGUUUGUGGGCUGAAACGCGACACACAAUACUAUCAUGGAUCUUAUAUAUGUCACCAGUGUGAUUUUAUUGUCCAUGGAAUGUGUAUUGGCUUGCCCCGUGUCAUCAGCAUCAAUCGUCAUGAUCACCGCAUUUCUUUCACUUAUCAUAUUGGUCCUGAUUAUUCAAAAUGUGGAGUUUGUCACCGAAGUAUAAGCCAACACCAUGGGGCUUAUUCUUGCUUUGUUUGCCCAAACUAUGCAGUUCAUUCCAGAUGUGCAAUAGAGCGUGAUGUAUGGGAUGGUGUAGAGUUAGAAGGGAUUCCAUAUGUUAUAGAAGAUGUGACACCAUACAAGGUGGUGAGUGAUGGCUUGAUCAGUCAUGUUAGUCAUGUCGAACACCCUUUAAAGUUACACAAGGGCAAUAUCCUUUAUGAGUGGAUAAGAUGUGAAGCAUGUAGAGAUCCGGUUGGAUUUGACUCCGUCUUUGUUUGUGAGAAAUGUUGCUUCCUUCUUCAUCAAAAAUGUGCUAAUCUUCCCAUGAAGAAAAAAUUUAUCGUGGACACUGAGUUAUACAAGUUGGAAGUUGACAAACUUAGAGUUGCAAGCUAUUGCUCGGAGUGUGCAACAUUAUCUGAUGGGUUCAAGUAUUCAAGUCAUGAUGAAAAUAGGAAAGUAGACGUUCGGUGUUUUUCCCUUUCUGAGCCAUUUGUCCAUGCUGGCCAUUCACAUCUACUAUAUUUUAGAAAGGCAUAUUACAGGAGGUCCAUAUGUGAUGCAUGCAUGAAAAUGAGUAAUUCUCGUUUUACGCUCGACUGUGAAGAUUGCCGGUUCAAUUUGUGUUUUUUUUGUGCUACUUUGCCUUUAAGGACAUGGCAUAGGACGGAUGAGCAUCCUCUCAUUUUAUGUUGUGACAAAAAAGCGGGUGGUCAAAGCUGGUGUGACAUUUGUGAAAGACAAUUAAAUCCAAUGUUAUGGUUUUAUACAUGUUCUAGCUGCGAAGUCGCCAUACAUGCUGAAUGUGUAAUAGGAGAUAUCUCACGUAUUAAUCCAGGAAGCACCAUUGAAUUUGGGGGGCCUGAACUUGGGUGGAGGAAUAAAAUCUUUGAAGUUGUUCCUAACAAUCAAAGCACUCGGCCAUUAUGCACUAAAUGCCGUUCUCGAUGCAAGUUCUCUAUCUUCUUAAAGGAGAAGAAUAAAGCCAGUAGGUACUUCUGUUCAAGUAAUUGUGUGUAUUUUUAUUUUAAUUAGACAUUUAUUGAUGAGUGCUUUUUUCAUGAUUGUAUUGUUUUAUUCGUGUUUCUAUAACUAAUGUCACGGACGUAUUUCUAUAAACCUGAAAUGUAAUAAGAGUGAAUUUCUUUUCUAUUAAGGUGAUGA